ACAAGGUGAAAGCUUAUGAAUACAUUGGAAAGCUCAUCAAAACUAGCGGCCAUGGUCUUGACGGAGUUGAGAAGAUGGUGUUCAAGUUGACCAGCGGACACGGUCCCAGGGAGUUUCCACGUGUAUACCGGGCGUUAAGCCACGAAGUCGAUCUUCAAGGAGCUAUGAACAUGCUCAUGUCUGCCACAAGAACUGCAGACAUUGGUCACGCAAUCAUUGAGUACAACAGAAUUAUUAACCGCAGCUCCUUCGCAGAGAGUAUUGAAAUCACAAAAUCCGUAACUAGACAGAGCCAAUUCAAAUAUGCUUUGGAAGAACUUACACACGAGGCGAAUAAACUACGUCUUUCCGAUGUCGUUGAUAGCCUGUACAAGGUGACUGGUGUGCAGGACAUCCAGCAAGUGCAGCAGGUGUUCAAGAAGGUUUUUGAAAUCAAUGCACGGUGA